CGCCCAAACUACACACACCCUCUCUCUCACUCCAUUUAGAUUCUGCUUGCUCACCAAUAGAAGUGUGGUAUAGCCGGUGGAAAUGCAGCUCCUACCGACACUCUGCUUCUUGUUCUUGCAGCUGCUGCCGAGAGGAGACGCAUCCACCUCUCACUCUAAUCGCCACAGAUCAGCCCCACAUUGGCUCCCCGCCACGGCCACCUGGUACGGAAGUCCUGAGGGCGAUGGCAGCAGCGGAGGAGCAUGCGGGUAUGGGUCGCUGGUGGACGUGAAGCCGUUCAAGGCUCGCGUUGGAGCAGUGAGUCCGUUGCUGUUCAAGAGCGGCGAAGGCUGCGGUGCUUGCUACAAGGUCAGGUGUCUGGACAAGACCAUCUGCUCAAAGAGAGCAGUCACAAUAAUUGUCACAGACCAGUCACCGUCAGGACCAUCUGCUCGAGCAAAGCACACUCACUUUGACCUUAGUGGCGCCGCAUUUGGCCAUUUGGCUAUCCCCGGCCAUUCCGGCAUCAUCCGCAACCGCGGCCUCAUCUCCCUCCUCUAUCGCCGGACGGCAUGCAAAUACAGAGAGAAGAACAUAGCAUUCCAUGUGAACGCAGGAUCAACAGCUUAUUGGUUAUCUCUUCUCAUUGAGUAUGAAGACGGAGAAGGUGACAUUGGCUCUAUGCACAUUCGUCAAGCGGGGUCGAAGGAGUGGAUAGCAAUGAAGCACAUAUGGGGAGCAAACUGGUGCAUCGUCGGAGGACCACUAAAGGGACCACUCUCCGUUAAGCUCACCACUUUGUCAAACAACAAAACGCUCUCCGCAGCUGACGUCAUCCCCAAAAAAUGGGUUCCCAAAGCUACUUACACCUCCCGCCUCAACUUCUCCCCUGUCCUCUAACUAAACUGAAGCUCCCCACCCCCAUUUCUCUGUCCUCACUUCUUUUUUGUUGGGAGAGAGAAUCGGUGAGGAUACUGAGUGAGUGAGAGUGAGAGGAUGCUCUCCUCCCUCUUCCCUCGUUUUUCUUUUUCUGUUUUGUUUGGGGUUGUGUUUAUGUGUGUUGGUGAAUGAAGCCAUCAGAGCUUGAUUCUGUGACUACUUACUAUAGUACUUACUACUUACUAAUGUUGGACCUACUCUUUAUGUAAUCCUUUUUUUAA